UAAACACAAUAUUGCGUCACUGUUAUUGUCGUAGCUUGAGCUUCAGCUGCUUUGAGAUAUUUCGCCACCAUUUCGCUUAUAUUUAGGCCUCUAUAACUGCGUUAACGAGUAGACCCGCACAUUAUACCAGUACAAUGUCGCUCCAAAAGGACAUUUCAUCGGACGAGAGUUUGCAAGGUUCCUGGGUUGAGCUGCAUUUUAGUGGUACUGGCUCUCAAAGUACCAGUCACCACGGAAGCCAGGAGCAAAUCCCCACGUCUAUUCAGGAGGGUGACGUGGAGAAAAUGCUACUAGAUGCACAGCACGAGUCGGGCAAAAACAGCUCCAAAGGAAGCUCUCAAUGCAACAGCCCACUUAGAGCCCAGACCCCCCUUCUUCUGUGGAGAGGCUCAGAGGCAAACAGCUCACAGUCAGAUGAAGACUUCCAAGAAAGAAGGCGGGAAGUAGAGAACAUGAUGAAGAAAAAUGCUGACUGGAUCUGGGACUGGUCUAGUCGACCUGAGAACAAUCCACCAAAGGAGUUCCUGCUGAAGUACCCUAAGCGCUCAACCUCUCUCAGCAUUAGGAACACCAGCGUCAUGAAGAAGGGUGGUGUUCUCUCUGCUGACUUCCUGAAGCUUUUCCUUCCUUCAUUAAUCAUUUCUCACAUACUCGCUGUUGGCAUAGGGAUAUAUAUUGGGAAGCGUCUAACUUCCCACAACACCUACUAAGUAGGAUGGUGGUGUGUUGCGACACCUUCUUGGCAUGCCUUAAAAUGGGACCUUCUGAUGACAUAGAGAGAUGUGGCCAUGUGACACGGUCCAAUUUGAUUGAGUGCCCCACUUAGCUCACACCAGCGUAGAGUUAAGGAUCUGUUAUUGCUCUUUCAUGGUGUUAACUCCUGAACACAACAGUGACCAGUCCUAUGCUCCUUGCUGUAGUCUUUAUCCUGGCCUCAAGAUGACUGUUUUGCUGCUUCCUGCUCCUUAAAUCUGCACGUUAGGGAACUAAUAUAUAUAAAUUGAUGUUUUUUUUUUGUCCAAGGGAUCAUUAGCCUAGUGUUAACUUGAUUGCUUCCAUUACUGAUUGCUGUAUAUUGUGAUUAUAAGAAAACAUUAAGCACUGACAUGGUCCAUUUUGUUCAUCCUACACAAAAUAAAAGUUGGAAAUAUA